AUGGCCGCAAGAAGCCCCUCUACCCGCACCCUCUCAAGGUAUUUCUUGCGCCCGCAAGCCUCCCUGCACCCUGCAUGUCGCCAACAAUACCGUCCGCAGCGGUACUCUUCUGCAGUAGCUGGAGCACGCCUCAACGGCCCUAUUGAAUAUGACACCACGCCGCUGCUCCACCACACUUCCAAGGCCGCUCUCACCAACCCGGAACUGCCCGAUGAGGUACGCAAGGGCCAGACCAAGCGCAUCAAUCUGUACCAAGCCGUGAACGAGGCUCUCCGCCAUGCUCUGCAAUCAGACGAAAGAGUAAUCGUAUUUGGCGAGGAUGUGCAGUUUGGCGGCGUCUUUAGAGCCACCAUGAAUCUCGCGAGCGACUUUGGGACGGAACGCGUCUUCAACACGCCGCUGAGCGAGCAGGGCCUCGUUGGCUUUGCCAUCGGUGCUGCCAGCGAGGGUAUGAAGCCCGUCGCUGAGAUUCAGUUUGCCGACUACGUCUACCCUGCCUUUGACCAGAUUGUCAACGAGGCGGCCAAGUACAGAUACAUGUCGGGAGCGAACCAAGUGCAUUGCGGAGGCCUGGUCGUUCGCAUGCCGACCGGUGUAGUAGGACACGGUGGCCUCUACCACUCUCAGUCCCCCGAAGCACUCUUCACCCACAUACCCGGCCUCCACGUUGUCAUCCCUCGCUCACCCACCCAAGCUAAAGGCCUCCUCCUCUCCGCCAUUCGCACAAACGACCCGGUCGUCUUCAUGGAGCCCAAGAUUCUCUAUCGCGCAUCCAUCGAACAAGUCCCCGUCGAUCCGUUCUACCUCCCUCUCGACAAGGCAGAAAUCCUAAAACCUGGCAAGGACAUCACCAUUGUCUCAUACGGCCAGCCAUUGUACACGUGUUCAGCAGCGAUAACGGCAGCAGAAAAGGACUUUGGGUGCAGCGUUGAGCUGAUUGACCUGCGGACGGUGUAUCCCUGGGACCGCGAGACGGUCCUUGAAAGUGUGAAGAAAACAGGGAGGGCGAUUGUAGUCCACGAGAGCAUGCAGAACGCGGGCGUUGGUGCUGAGGUGGCGGCGACGAUUCAGGAGAAGGCGUUCCUGAGGUUAGAGGCACCAGUGAAGCGGGUAACGGGUUGGGCGACAUUCACAGGCUUGAUGUUCGAGCCACUGAUAGUACCGGACGUCACGAGAGUAUACGACGCCAUCAAAAAGACAUUAGAUUACUAG